GCAGCAAGGCCAAACACAACCUUAAUCUUACCUUAUUUGAUGGAAUGCCAGAAAAUUACCGCUUGGUUUGAAAUCUGAAUUACCAGAGCUGCAUAUCUUGGCGGCACAAUCUGCAGAUGCACCUCAGUUGAUGAUACUCUGUAUUCUCUUACUAUAACUGCGUACCCCUGACUGCAACGAGACAGCAUAAGAAAAUCCCGGACCCUCCGAUUUUGCAUGUGAGGGAUUCUUAAGCCGAGCCUGUCGCAACAAGAGAAAGCCCAACCGAAAUGGCAUCGUCGUCUUUUCCCGAUUCUACGGCGAAUCUGCCCGAUGAAGAGGCCUAUGAAGAGAAAAACGUACAUGAAGUGUAUCAACAGAUAGCAGAACACUUCUCCUCGACCCGUUACAAGCCAUGGCCGAUUGUCCAAGGCUUCCUCAAAGGAUUGGCACCGGGGUCUAUUGGUCUUGAUGUGGGGUGCGGCAAUGGCAAGUACUUGUCUGUAAAUAAGGACGUUUUUAUAGUCGCCUCGGAUCGCUCCGAUAAUCUCGCCCGGAUCGCCGUCAAACACCAGCCGCAUUCAACUAUCGUGGCGGACAUCCUGAAUCUGCCACAUCCAGAUUCGUUAUUUGACUUCGCUAUCUCAAUUGCUGUUGUGCACCAUUUGUCCACACCUGAACGAAGAAUUCAGGCUAUCCGCGAAAUUCUCCGCACUUUGAAACCUGCCUCUGAUAAAUCGUCCGGAGGCAGAGUUCUGCUGUAUGUUUGGGCCUUGGAACAAAAGACUAGCCGCAGGGGUUGGGACAAAGGCGACAAGCAGGACGUAAUGGUUCCUUGGGUCUUGAAGCCCAAGCCUGCCAAUGGUAGCUCUGACGACGAGCCGAGGACUUUCCACCGAUACUAUCACCUCUAUGAGGCAACAGAACUGGAACGCGACAUUGAAAGAGCGGGCGGCCGGGUUCUAGAUUCGGGCUAUGAAAAAGACAACUGGUGGGCGAUUGCGACACGAUCCGAUGAGUAGAGGACAGUUGUGCUUGAUCGAUAUAACGUUGGACUUCGAGAACCAGCCUCGAAGCCUCUACCUUGCAUACCUCCCCGUUUUCUGUUCAUGUAAAUUGCAUAUAACGUCCACCAUAUAUGAUGGGUGAUGACAAAGAGAAUUCGUCGAGUUGAAAGCCUCCUGGAAACGCUCAGUAACAGAAAAGCCAGGGGAUCACGGAGAUCGUUUCUAUGAGAACUCCCCUCACAAAUAGUGAGGAACACCUUCAACCUGCGCUAUGCAUAUCAUAACAACACGGAAUUUAAAACAAAAGAAAAGAAACAUCAGAAACAAAAAGGAAAAGGAGGAAAACGAGAACUUUGGGAUCAUUUCGAUUCCGCUAUGGCAGCGUUCGAGGCGGCAAACCAUAGGGAGGUCCUAAAUGCCCGCUAUGGCUGCCGCUUAAGUCCAGAGGACGGGGAAACUGAUAGGCAUCGCGCG